AUGAGAGAAGUAAUCACGUCGGCGGCUUUAGCGUUAGAGCUAAGUCUCAGCACGGUGUGUUUGGUUAUACGGUUCUGGACAUGGAAACGAGUGAAUGAGGGUGCUUCCAGCGUCAGUUUCACCUCUGUUCCCGGCACCUUAACCCUGCUACUCACUCUCGAAUCUGGAAUCGUUCACAUGUGGACGUUUAUUACAACAAGCUGGACUGAAUGCUCUUUGUUUUCCACAGCAACAACUGUGAUAGUGUUGUACCUUGGCUGCCAGUAUUUCGAGCGGAUUUGGGGGACACGGUCUUUGGUAAAGUACCUAGCUCUGUUGUCGAUUGCACCGCCUUUGUUCAACUUCGUUUGUUAUCUGUUGUAUUUCCAAUUCAUGGACCCAUCGAGUGCAAAAGGCGUAUCCCUGCUGUCUCGUCGGAUCAAUGGUGGUGUCCCUUUCCAUGUUGGUUUUGCGGUGGCCUUCAAGCAAGCGAUUCCGUUGCAUACGGUGAACAUCUUCCGAGGCACUCUGAAGAUUCCAAUUAAAUAUAUCGUUAUGCCUGUGCUUGUGGCAUACACUAUCAUUGGCCUUGCUUUCGAUUCCACCUUCCUGAUAUUGAGCUGGACCUCGUUAUUACUUAGCUGGUGGUAUCUUCGGUUCGUCAAGUCGAUUGUCGCGGACAAUUUGGCCCUUGACGGCACUUCCACAGUCUUGAAGGGUGACAAGAGUGAUUCGUUUGCUUUUGCAAAGUUCUUUUAUCCUCUCCCAAUAACAAACGCAAUCGCAAAUGUCUCCUCAAAGCUGUACGACCUGUUUGUGAAAAUCAGAGUGCUGCGGCCGUUUGACGAGGAACAGGUAGCUUCAAGCAAUGAAAGAGCUCGCAAUGACAACGACGCCGAACGACGACGGGCCCUUGCUUUGCGUGAGUUGGGUUCUUUAUGA